AUGGACGAUGAGGUUUUUAUUUUUUUAAGUUUUUUAAUCCUUAACCUCGUCGUUUUUUUCAUUACUUUGUGCAUAUGGAAGAAGUACAAUCGACAAUUAUACUACAUUAUAAAAAGGGAUCAUUCAAAGUCGCCACUCGUACUUAAUUACACCCCAAGAACCUAUAACAACUCACUCCUAAUACAGCAUAUAAAUUCUGAAUACAUUUAUACAAAUAGAUUGGAUAACUAUGAAGGAGAUUGUGUUCAUAAUCUUUCUCACAUAUUUGGGAAAAAGUACCCGCCUAUAAGAAAUAAUGAAGUCAAACUCUACUUAAAAUUUCUCAAUAGCAAUGCAAGGAUGCUAUUAAUUUGUUCUAUUACGGCCUUUGUCUUAUACACUCCAUUGAUGAUAUACUUAGCCUAUAUUGGUCAACCUUGGUCUUUUUGGAGUUUAUCCAAUAUCGAUUUUGUCGAGAACAGAUAUAUGGUCCACACCCUCUAUUGUACUGUGUGGAUAUAUUCCAUUAUCAUAUACUUUCAUAUCUUGUACUUGCUUACUGACUAUAAGGUCGACAAUAAAAGCAUUGCAACAAGAGCGCAAUUGCACACACUUAUGGUUACGGGCCUAAGCAAAAGCUUAAAUGACCCACUAAUCUUGUACAAACACUUUGACCAAAUCUUUCCCAACCAAGUUAUUUCAUCCCACUUGAUAAUGGACUACACUAAGCGACUAUUAUACGAAAACCAACUUGACAGACUCUUGUGGCAAUUGCGUCGUCUUGAUUUGUACUAUGGUAUACCGCGUACUGUUAGCAGAGCAACCACCAAGGAAAAUGACGUUUUAAAUAAAUCACUACAGAAUUGUGACAUCGAAAAUUAUGAAGGAUCCAUCGAAAUUUUGUCGCCAAAUGAUUCGUCGCAUAUACAUGAAUUGUUAGAGAUGCCAAAUCUUGAAGAAUAUAAUCAUGAAAUGUACCCCGAAAGAGCCUCUAUCAAUCUCCAUAUCAAUAUCGUUUCUGAGAAGUUACGUAAGAUUAAAGAGCUUCCUGUUAAAAAAUCUGUAGGUAUUGGAUUUAUCUCGUUUAAAGACGCACGCUGUGUAUACAAAUCACUUACAGACAAUAGAAUUCUCGAAAGCAAGCCUAAUUGGCGUCUAGAACCUGCACCUCAUCCUAAUGAUAUCAUUUGGUUAAAUUUGAGAUUCACUUCAAUGUCAAUUAUCAUUCGUGCCAUCGUGUUCAACUUGUUUUUUCUCUCUUUUUACAUCGCGAUCACGUACACUAUGGCCAGCUUAAAUUUGUUGAACACGGUUAAUAUUGGGAUGUCCCCCCUAUACAAAGAUAAUGAGGAACGAUUAGUUCCUAAAUUGGCGACGAACAAUUCAAACGGUGAACAAGUUACAAGGUCAUUUGACACAGAUACUGACACGGAUGGUAUUAGAAAUGCCACCAAUACAGCCAAAUCUCAUAGUAAAACUAAAACCGGAAACCCCCCAUCCGAAGGUGGUUCAAAUGUGACUACACCUAACUAUGAAGCUGAUAUAGGUAAAAAAAAAGAGUAUGCAUCUAUGGAUACUACAUUCUCAGAUGAUAAUAAUAAUAAUAAUGACGAAGAUGAAGAUGAAGAGGAUAUUAAGCGAAUAAUUAAAGAAUCCACAGAGAAUACAUCUAAUAGAAUGGAUUCUUCUGAUAGCAACCUGAGCAAUAUUGGCAAUAUUUCGUUUUGGCGUGCCUUAUUACCACCAAUAAUUAUGGGGAUAAUCAAUUCAGUGAUCCACCCAUAUGUUAUAACACUCAUAUCAGAAUAUAUAGGGUUUCAUCGCAAGUCUGCUCAUCAGAGAUAUAGGUUAUUUGGUCACAUAUUUUACCUAAUCACAGGAACAAUUUUUGUCCCUUUACUAUCAUCUAUUCUUGCGUUGUGGCAAAUUCUUAAUAAGAAUUUUAAAAUUCUGUCGCAAUAUUUAGGGCUGGUUAUGUCGGGGGCCUCUUGGGCUUAUGCUGCCAUUUACAUCCUAAAUGCGACUUUCAUUUCAGCUUGUAACCAAUUACUACAAUUGUCACAAAUGUUCUGCCGUUGGUUCUCUAGAACUUUUUUCAAUUACGAUUACGGCAAUUGGGACUUUGAUUUCGGCUACUGGUAUGCCUUCCACACAUCCGUACUCACACUCAUACUCCUGUUUAGUACUUUGAUUCCCUCAGUGUUACCCAUGGGCACGGUUUACUUUGUGAUGAGAUACUAUAUCGACCGUUAUAAUCUGGCUAAUGGAAUAUGGAAGAUCGGAUUGGAUACCACAGGAAAGAUAGGCAGCACGGCUAUUAGGUCUAUGUUGAUUUCGGUGUCACUUUUCCAGUUUGGCAUGUCUGGUAUAUUUCUAAACUGCAAGGACGCCCUGGAACCGAUCUAUCCUAUGUUACUAUUUAUCGCAUCUGUUGCCUCUUGGUUGCUCAUAUACGGCUCAACCACUAGUAAUGUUUUUGUUCCAUUAUACCAACACAACAAAACAAUAACAAAACCACUUGCGACCCGCACAAUUGACUUUAUCAAAAUAUGUUAUUUGCAUCCAUGUGAAAAGGCAGAUAUCAUUAAAAGGGUCAAUUUUGUGCUAUCGGAUGACCACUGCGCUGGAUAG